UAUCAGGGUUGAUGAAUCUGGUCGCUGAUACGGCGUAGUCUUUUUCAUCUCUCUCAUUUUCCACUGUAAACCCUAGUUUGCAAAAUCCAAAAAUAUCUUCUUUCUUCUUCGUUGUUUCUUUGCUCACACUCGUACAGAGUACCUCUCUCUCUCUCUCUCUCUCUAAACGCGUUGCCCUAAUUUUGGAUUCGAGUUCUAACUGCCUGCAGAGAAAAUUCGUGUCGCUCUCAUCGAAUUCUUCUUGGACACUGAAAUCGAACUUCAGUUUUGCUCUUUCACUACAGGGAACAAUUGGAUAUUUGUGACACGAUCUUUACAUUGCAAAAUUUAUAUACAUAUACAUCAACUAAGUUUAAUCAGCUUUCAACCUCAUGGCUGGAUUGUUGCUUGCUGAUAUCUCUCAUCAUGGAGCACAUCAAGGUGGUUCUCAACGAUACUCUGAAGAGAAGCCAGAGGAUGGUUCAAGAUGGUACUUCUCUAGGAAGGAGAUUGAAGAAAAUUCACCAUCCAAACAAGAUGGCAUAGAUUUGAAGAAAGAAACUUACCUACGCAAAUCAUACUGUACAUUUCUGCAAGAUUUAGGCAUGAGACUUAAAGUACCUCAGGUAACUAUUGCAACAGCAAUAAUUUUUUGUCAUCGAUUCUUUCUUCGGCAGUCCCAUGCAAAGAAUGACAGGAGGACCAUUGCAACAGUGUGCAUGUUUCUUGCUGGGAAGGUUGAAGAAACUCCUCGGCCACUAAAAGAUGUAAUUCUUGUUUCAUAUGAAAUUAUACAUAAGAAGGAUCCAGCAGCAGUUCAGAGAAUCAAACAAAAGGAAGUGUAUGAACAGCAGAAAGAAUUAAUUUUACUUGGAGAGAGGGUUGUUCUUGCAACUCUUGGUUUUGAUCUUAAUGUGCACCAUCCUUAUAAACCUCUUGUUGAGGCAAUAAAGAAAUUCAAAGUUGCUCAAAAUGCCCUCGCUCAAGUUGCGUGGAAUUUUGUGAAUGAUGGACUUCGGACAUCUCUUUGCUUGCAAUUUAAGCCCCAUCACAUUGCAGCCGGAGCCAUAUUCCUUGCUGCCAAGUUUCUCAAGGUGAAGCUCCCAUCAGAUGGGGAGAAGGUCUGGUGGCAAGAGUUUGAUGUCACCCCACGCCAAUUGGAGGAAGUGAGUAAUCAAAUGUUGGAGCUGUAUGAACAAAAUCGAAUGCCAUCCAAUGAUAUUGAAGGAACUACUGGAGGCGGGACUUCCAAUCGUAACACUGCAAAGGCUCCAGCUAGUAAUGAUGAAACUGCAACUGCAAACAGUAAUUCCCAGACUGGAGCCACGAGUUCAAGACUCGAAACGUCAAAACCUGCAUCUUCUAAGACUCUGGUUGAUUCAUCAGUUGCUAAUCAUGUUGGGCGCCCUAUAUCAAAUCAUGGCAGAAGUGGUGAUUAUGGGAGCACAGAAAUGAAACACAGGGUGGAAGAUGAUGCCAAAGGAAAUCAUAAUCCUGAGUGGGAACCUCUGCCAUAUAAGGAAGACUUACAAGAAGCUCAAGACAUGGUGAGAUCUCGAUCCGAUGAAGGUGACAAAGAGCAAGAAAACAAUGUUGGGAAAAAUGAAAUGAAAGAAACUACCGAAUCGAAGGAUAAACAUAAUAUCAGGAACCUAGAUCACAGAGAUGGCAUUUUUGGCCGGCCUCCUCAGGAAGCCAUUAAAAAGAUUGAUAGAGACAAGGUGAAGGCUGCGUUGGAGAAAAGAAGGAAAGCAGCUGGUCAUAUGACUAAAAAAACAGAUUUCAUGGAUGAUGAUGAUCUCAUUGAAAGGGAACUAGAAGAUAUUGAACUGGCUCCUCAGAAUGAGAAGAAUAAACAAGAAAGGAGGCAAAGCUGGUCUAAGCCCUCAGAUAGAUCAGAUUAUGAGAACAUUCAUGGAAGGCAUCAUGAUCAUGCAGACGAGCAACUUCAUGGGGUGAAGGGUCUGUCAUCAUAUGAACCAGAUCUAAGUGCUGUGGAAGAAGGUGAGUUAUCAGCACUUGAUGACAUUGGUGUAGGGCUUCCAUCACCCAAGUCAAGCAAUCGAAGGAGAAAACCAGGGAGCUCACCGGAGAGAGCGGUGGAGGGGAAGCAACGGCAUAAUCAUGGGCCUGGACCCCACCACAAUAAUCGUUUUGAUUACAUGGAAGAUCGAAACAAGAUCAGUCGGCUAGGCCAUACUGAGAGGGACAGCAAAAAGCAUGCACAGGAAAACCAUGUUUGAAACAGUGUUUACCAUGGCUGUGUGUGGACUCAAUUGUUCUGAAAUAUUUUCUGGGCAUACACCUGCUUCUUAGCAAAGAUCCAGGAAUGCUCUCAAUUCUAUUAUGAUUCAGCUUCCUUAGCUAUCAUUAAAUCCCCCAGGUCACAGGAAUUUUACUUGACUUUAAACAAAGUUCAAUUUGGUUGGAAGGACCAAUUUCAUGUCCUCAAUUUAUAGGCAAAUGGGAAAAGUUGUAUGAUAGGAAGUUGAAUUUUAUAUAGAUUAUAGUUGGACUAGUAAUGGAAGGUUGAUUUUCAUACAAGAUCAACCAUGUUUUUGUUGAUUAUCCCUGUGAAAUAACAGUAGUUAUGAUGAUAAACUGUGAGAAAUUAUAAGAGGGAUGAUUGUUAGUGUACUAUCCUGUCGUUUAGGACUUGGGAGGGCUUGUCUCGUAUGUUUCGAUUACACUUGGAAGUGAAUAUUUGAUUUUAUAACUUCGAUAU